AUGAAGCUUCCGAGACGACGCCGACAGCUCGGAACGUACAUUGCUAGCGAUGUGCCUAGGCCUCAUUUCUGUGACCAACCAUUUCUGUUCCAAGUCGGUGUCUCUGAGGCUGGUGGUCAAUUCGGUGGAAGGCACGGGGAGGCAAUAUUCAUCGGUGGUCAGACCCCCGAGUGUACUCGCUUGAGGGUGAAUAAUAUACGGAAUAUUGCCAACCAGAAAGGCCGUGAUCUCAGUCAUAUCAAAGUCAUUGUGGUGCCACGGCUCGCGAAGUGGUUAUUGGAUCGAAGUGUUCGCCUGGAGAAUCAUGGAAGCAAGUACAAGUGGCGGGCAAGGGAGACCAUUCCUCGAUAUCAGAUUACGAAGAACUAG